UUCUUUUUUUUCAUGAUAAUUAAAAUUGUGCGAUAAUUAAAGUAAUGGUGUGAGGAAAACUGUAUUUCUUUCCCUAAAAACCAAAUUUCAAUUGGAUAUUUCUCUUAAAGCAUUUAUCUAAAGCUUUUAUACCUGUCAUUUAAUGCCUAAUAAAGCUUUAUCUAAUUUAUCUUAUUAUUUAGAGACAGUAUCGGUGUACAUAUGCGUAUUUAACUCUAUACAUAUUUAGUGCAAUUAAAUUUAUAAAAUGAAGUUUUUAAUUAAAUUAAACGAACAGUGAUGACGUAAUUUUACAUUAUCAAAAAAAGUAAUAAACUGAUUAACCCAAGUGUUUAUUUUCUUUAAUUAUUAAUUUAUUUAUAGUGAUGAGUUUAUUUGUUGUGUAAGUAAUAUUUACAAGAUUGUAAAUAAGUUUUAAUAAGACGCAGACGCUAUAAGUGCAAUGGAAGCUGACAAGUGCAGAUUUUGAAGAAAAAUCGACUGGUUCUAUUCUUGAAACGUUAAUAACAAUAUGGAUAUGAAAAUUAAUUUGAAUGACUAUAACAAUUUAUGAGGACAUUUUAAAGAUCUCUUUUUUUACGCCGCACACAACUAUUAAGGUUAACCUUGUAAAGUUUUUAUUCAUCUAUAUUAUGUUUCGGAUUGUAAUAAGCAACUUUAAACUGACAUGAGGAAAUCAAAAUAAGAAAAUAAAUUUUUAUUAAACGAAUUUGGAUAAUUGAUUUGGAAAAACAAAGGUCAAGGAUGGCUAGUGAAGCAGAAACAUUUAGACAUAAUACCAAUGAAAUUGAGGAGACUGAAGUAGAUGCAGAUGAUAUAGAUGAAGAAGGUUCGGAUGGAGUUGUUAUUCCAGAACUUCAAGGAAAUUUAUCUAAAUGGACAAAUUAUAUUCAUGGAUGGCAAAGUAGAUUUAUUGUUUUGAAAAAUGGUACUUUGUCUUACUACCGAUCGGAGCAGGACAGUGGUUUUGGUUGUAGAGGGUCUAUUAGUCUCUUUAAAGCCGAUAUAAAGGCUCACGAAUUUGACGAAUGCAGAUUUGAUGUAUCUGUGAAUGAUUACUUAGUUUGGUAUCUAAGAGCAAGUACACCUGAAGACAAACAACGAUGGGUUGACGUUUUAAAAUCCUAUAAGUCAGAGUCGGGUUAUGGAAGCGAGAAUAGUUUAAAACGUCAUGGCAGUGCAAUUUCUCUGAUAUCAAACACCCAAUCAACAACAAGUGCUGGCAGUUUCAGUAAGCGUGGAGUUAGAAGUUUAAAAGAAAAACUCGCUGAAAUUGAAACAUUCAAGGACAUAUUAAUUCAACAAAUAGACACACUGCAGAAAUAUUUUGAUAAUUGUGCAGAAAAUUCAAAAAGUGUCAACAAAAGCAAUUUUUCCGGUGAUAAAGCAGCAGCAGCAGCAGCAGACAAAUCAUUCAAUCCCGCUGAAUUGUCUGUUGAUUUUAAAGGUGAAGCCAUUACAUUUAAAGCAACAAGUGAAGGUGUUCUUGCAACAUUACAACAUUGUGUUGAAUUGAUGGGUCAAAGAGAGGACGCUUGGCGACGACGAUGGGAGAAGGAAGUCGAGAAAAGACGAAGAUUACAUGAUUUGUACAAAACUUUGAAGGAUCAAGUCACAACACAAACCGGUGAAUCGCCAAGACCACGAGUUCUCAUUCAUGGAGGUCCAGAUUACGAGGAAGGUCCACACAGUGCACUUUGUGAUGAGGAAUUCUACGAUGCUGUUGAAACUGGAUUGGACAGAAUUGAAGAGGAAAAUUUUUUAAAAGAUCGAUUGAAGCAAAAAUCAGUUGCAUUUCCAACAGCUCCUACAACUCCUGCUAUCAAGCAUCGGCUUUGGUCUGAGAUAGAGAAAAUAACAAUGGAGCAAUUACAUUAUGCGAGACUUGGAAUGGGAGCGGGAAGUUGGAUGUUAUUUGCUGAGGACGGUGACAUGCGUAUGUACAGACGAGAAGAGGAAGCUGACGGCUUAGUUGUAGAUCCAUUGAAAGCUUGCCACGUAGUGAAGGGAGUCACUGGACACGAGGUCUGUCAAAUAUUCUUCAGUCCAGAGUACAGAAGUGGAUGGGAAUCAACUUUAGAGGAUAUGUCGAUUAUAGAAACAAUUUCAAAGGAUAGUUUAGUGUUUUUACAAACACACAAGCGAAUUUGGCCUGCAAGUCAAAGAGACGCUUUGUUUUGGUCGCAUAUGCGUAAAGUUCCCGAUGACCAAGAUCCAGACAAUCAAGACGUUUGGAUUGUGACAAAUCACAGUACAGAAUAUCCAGAUCAUCCGCCCAAUGUCAAUAAAUGUGUUAGAAUUUAUUUGACUGUUUGUUUGGUUUGUCAAACUGUCAUCGAUCCACCAAAGGAUAGAGAAAUCAGAAGGGAAGACAUUACAUGUAAAAUAACGUAUUGCUCUGUCGUCAAUCCCGGUGGAUGGGCUCCAUCAUCAGUGUUACGAGCUCUUUAUAAACGGGAAUAUCCCAAGUUUCUUAAACGCUUUACCAAUUUCUGUAAGGAGCAAUGUGAAAACAAACCAAUCACAUUCUAAUACACAUUCAUCUUCCAAUUCUCGAAGAUUAUUAUAAUUUAAGUAAAAUACAUUCUUUAUGACACUAUUAAGUGAAAACAUUUUAAUCCAGAGAAUUAUAAAUUUUUUCAUUCUUGUAAAAAUUUACCCGUUUUCUAAUUUCUCUUGUAAACAUUGUGGAUAAGAAUAUAUAUUGCAUUAAUUUUUUUAUACAAUUUACUUAUUAGUUGUCAUGAUAUAUAAAUCAAAUGUUUGAACAAAAAAAAAUUUAUAUUGAACAAAGAGAAUUGCGAUUCAACUAUUUUCACUGUUUUUAAUAUUAUAAAGUCCAAGUCCAUCUGUACAAAAGGAUACAUAUUAUAUAUACUUAUUGAUAAAUAAGCCAUUAACGGGAAUCUGUACAUUAAUAUUACAAGUUGUAUUAUUUUUAUUUAUGUAAAAAUAUGUUUAUGAAUGUAAGAUCACUAAUGGUGAAUCAUAAUAAAGACUGUUACAGGUUUAUGUA